GGCUGGGGGCUCCCGGCGCGGGGGACGCUGGUGGCCAAGAUGGCGGCGGAGCUGGUGGAGGCCAAAAACAUGGUGAUGAGUUUCCGAGUCUCUGAUCUUCAGAUGCUCCUGGGUUUUGUCGGCCGGAGUAAGAGCGGACUUAAACACGAACUUGUCACCCGGGCCCUCCAGCUGGUCCAGUUUGACUGUAGCCCCGAGCUGUUCAAGAAGAUCAAGGAGCUCUACGAGACACGUUACGCCAAGAAAAGCUCGGAGCCCGUGCCACAGCCCCACCGGCCCUUGGACCCCCUGACCAUGCACUCCACCUACGAGCGGGCCAGCUCGGUGCCCAGGACUCCCCUCACGGGCCCCAACAUUGACUACCCCGUGCUCUACGGGAAGUACUUAAACGGACUCGGACGGUUGCCUGCCAAGACCCUCAAGCCAGAAGUGCGCCUGGUGAAGUUGCCCUUCUUUAACAUGUUGGAUGAAUUGCUGAAGCCCACCGAGCUGGUUCCGCAGAAUAACGAGAAGCUUCAGGAGAGCCCGUGCAUCUUUGCCUUGACGCCCAGACAGGUGGAGCUGAUCCGGAACUCCAGAGAACUGCAGCCCGGGGUCAAGGCCGUGCAGGUCGUUCUAAGAAUCUGCUAUUCAGACACCAGCAGCCCUCAGGAAGACCAGUACCCACCCAACAUCGCCGUGAAGGUCAACCACAGCUACUGCUCGGUCCCGGGCUACUACCCCUCGAACAAGCCUGGAGUGGAGCCCAAGAGGCCGUGCCGCCCCAUUAACCUCACCCACCUCAUGUACCUGUCCUCGGCCACCAACCGCAUCACCGUCACCUGGGGGAACUACGGCAAGAGUUACUCCGUGGCCUUGUACUUGGUGCGGCAACUGACCUCCUCAGAGCUGCUGCAGAGGUUGAAGACCAUCGGGGUCAAGCACCCGGAGCUGUGCAAGGCACUGGGGCCCAGGCAUGGUCCCGAGCCACUUGGGGAUGGAGCUGAACCGCUGCCCGUCUCAGUCAAAGAGAAGCUGCGCCUGGACCCCGACAGCGAGAUUGCCACCACCGGCGUGCGGGUCUCCCUCAUCUGCCCGCUGGUGAAGAUGCGGCUGUCAGUGCCCUGCCGCGCGGAGACCUGUGCACACCUGCAGUGCUUCGACGCCGUCUUCUACCUCCAGAUGAACGAGAAGAAGCCCACCUGGAUGUGCCCGGUGUGCGACAAGCCAGCCCCCUACGACCAGCUCAUCAUCGAUGGGCUCCUCUCCAAGAUCCUGAGCGAGUGCGAGGAUGCCGACGAGAUCGAGUAUCUGGUGGACGGCUCGUGGUGCCCGAUCCGCGCCGAGAAGGAGCGCAGCUGCAGCCCCCAGUGCCCCAUCCUUGUGCUCGGCACCUCGGAUGCUAAUGGGCUCCCAUCCACCCCCAACGUCAACGGCGGGGGUGGCGGCGCGCUUGGGGGCUCUGGCGGCGGGGGCGGCACGGCGGGAGGCGUGGAGAACGGGAAGCCGGGAGCUGACGUGGUGGACCUCACGCUGGACAGCUCGUCGUCCUCGGAGGAGGAGGAGGACGAGGACGAGGAGGACGAGGACGAGGACGAGGAGGGCCCCCGGCCCAAGCGCCGCUGCCCCUUCCAGAAGGGCCUGGUGUCGGCCUGCUGACUGCUGGCCACUGCCGCGACCAGCCGGACACUCGACUUUCCUGGUGCUCACCACGCAGAGGGGCGCAGGCGGGCCUCGGGCACAGCGGGAGGAGUGAUUUUUUUUUUUUUUUCUUUUUAUUGUUGUUCAUUUUGUUUUUCCACCCCUUUCCCUGCCUGGCUCCUGGCACCUGUACCUCUGGACUCUCCUAUCGGAGGAUUAAAAAAAAAAAAAAGUAAAACGACAAAAAAAAGUCCAAAAAAAAAAAAGAAAAACAAACAAAAAUCAAACUUAAAAACAA